CGUAUUUUUCAAAAGUUUUUGGUAUCGGAUGGCCGACUGCAUGGUCGGCAUUUACUAAUACUUUUAUGCAGACGAUGGCAUCGUGGCCCAAGACGCCUCUUCAAGAGAUGAGCGGACGAGUUGCGAUUGUGACUGGUGCUAGCAGCGGUAUUGGCUUAGAGACCGUGAAGGGAUUGUGCAAAGCUGGUGCAACAGUUGUCAUUGCAUGCAAAAAUCAAGCGGCUUCUGAACGAGCUGUUAAAGACAUCACGAAUGAUGUAAAUACGUCGAAAGUUGAGUAUAUGUUUCUUAACCUCGCCUCAUUCCAGUCUAUUCGAUCGUUCGUCAAGCGGUUUUUGGCUCGAAAUUGGCCUCUACACAUCUUAGUCAACAACGCUGGUGUCAUGUUGGCACCAUAUACCGAAUCAGAAGACGGUCACGAGAUGCACAUCGCUGUAAAUUACUUGGGUCACUUUCUUCUCACUCAGCUCCUGCUUGACAGGCUGAAAGAAUCUGCAUCUGCAACGACGUUCUCACGAAUAGUCAAUGUGUCUAGCUGCGUUCACGAUGUUGGUGCAAUACAAAUUGACGACUUAAACGGGCAAUUGUCGUUGACUCCUGACAGUCGGUAUGCGCAGAGUAAACUUGCUGUCGUUCUCUUCUCUCACAAGCUACAGCGGCUUUUGUCCACACAUGGUUGUUACGUGACAUCAAACGUUCUACAUCCGGGAAUUGUUGCAAGUGAUCUAUACAGACACGCCCCUCUUUGGUGCAGAGCUGUUUUGGGAUUUCCUGGUCUAAAAGGGGUAACAUUUAAGACUUCUGAACAAGGUGCUGCCACUACUUUGUAUGCGUGUUUGUCUCCAGAGAUGGAGGGAGUCGGUGGCAAAUAUCUCGUUAACUCAAAUAUCGUAAGCUCGUCUUCAGCAUCAUACAACACACAGCUACAGGACAGCUUGUGGACAGAGACAUUAAACCUACUGAAACUCGAUUGAUGAAAAUGCAUACUUUGAGUAGACUGAAGGAAUCGAUUCUUUGCAGACAGGAUUAAAUCAAAUUUAUUCAUAAAAAUUGUUGAUAUCAAUGGAUUAAUGGUUGACCGUUUGGAGUAUGCUGACAGUAUUUGUAUUGCAGAGCAAUGUAGCUAAAGUAUUUAAAAGACUGAGAGGUUAUGC